UGCCGUCCCAUUGUCGAGCAGCGUAACAUUUGUAUACGUAGCAGCGCUAAGCGUUCAACGCUUUUAAUCACCGACAUUGCGGCCGAUGAUAGCGGCAAAUAUACGGUGGAGAUUAUGAAUGCGUUUGGCAGCGAUGCGGCGGCCGCUUCGGUGGCGGUGGAAGGACCACCAGAUGCGCCCAGCGGCAAGCCAAGUAUCUCACAAGGUCCCGAUCGCAUUGCGGUGGCAUGGUGUGGCCCACCCUACGAUGGCGGUUGUAUGAUAACUGGUUUUAUCAUUGAAAUGCAACAGUUGCCUACUGCCGCACCGAAUGUUGAAUGUGACGAAUUGACUGAUGGCGAAAGCGGCGGUUGGCAUGAAAUCGCUACCGUUGUGGACUCAUUAGCGUACACCGUUAAGAAUUUGACACCGAACGCCACAUAUCGAUUUCGUGUGCGCGCCAAAAAUGUACACGGCUGCAGCGCACCCAGUUUGCCCAGUGACGCGGUUGAGUUGCAAGCUCAAGAAGUUUCAACUGAAGACUUCCACAGGCCGAUUAGCGUUAAGUCAGGUGGCGAUUUUAAAAAUCGCUUCGAAGUGCUCGAGGAGUUGGGCAAGGGGCGCUUCGGUGUCGUCUAUCGCGUACAGGAACGUGAGGACCCACGACAAAUACUCGCCGCAAAAGUGAUUAAAUGCAUUAAAGCACAAGAUCGUCAAAAAGUAUUGGAAGAGAUAUCGAUAAUGAAAUCAUUGCAACAUCCGAAGCUAUUGCAACUUGCUGCUUCUUUUGAAAGCCCACGCGAAAUCGUAAUGGUGAUGGAAUACAUUACUGGCGGUGAGCUAUUCGAACGCGUUGUAGCCGACGAUUUCACGCUCACCGAACGCGAUUGCAUACUCUUCCUGCGACAAGUGUGCGAAGGUGUCGCCUACAUGCACACCCAGUCGAUUGUACACUUGGACCUGAAACCAGAAAAUAUUAUGUGCCAUACACGCACCAGCCAUCAAAUUAAAAUAAUCGAUUUCGGUCUGGCACAGCGGCUGAAUAUGAAAACGCCAGUGCGCGUACUAUUUGGCACGCCAGAGUUCAUACCACCCGAGAUAAUUAGUUAUGAACCCAUCGGUUUUCAGUCGGAUAUGUGGAGCGUGGGCGUCAUUUGUUAUGUGCUUUUAUCUGGCUUAUCACCUUUCAUGGGGGACACAGACGUGGACACUUUCUCGAAUAUAACACGCGCCGAUUACGAUUUCGAUGAUGAAGCUUUCGAUUGUGUAUCACAAGAGGCGAAGGACUUCAUUUCGAAUCUGUUGGUGCAUCGCAAAGAAGAUCGUUGGACAGCCAAACGAUGUUUGGAAUCGAUUUGGCUAACGCAGGAACAUGACGAAAAUCUCAGUAAUAAAAUCUGCACAGACAAACUAAAGAAAUUCAUAAUACGACGCAAGUGGCAGGUAAGUAAUUGAAAAGAAAGAAAUUUUAUUUUAGUUGCUCUGGAGUUUUUUUCCUGGCAAAAUGUAGUAAAGAACCAGCUAAUUUUUUAAACUUUUCAUUGGAGGUUGAAAUUUCCAUUUGAAGCUAGCAAUUUUUUUCUCAUUAAAUCUCACGCAACUAUCAAGCGGACCAUCAUGCAUAGUAGCGGACAUGGCAUAAACAGCGUUGUCGCUGUAUCUAAUGCUAUUAUAUUUAGAGAUACAAUUGCUUAUCAUCACAGCUUCUUUGAUACUCGACAGCAAACGCUCCAAAGUCCAUAAAUCUUUCGUAUAAUAUUUUUUGGCGAACACUCCAAGGUAGUGGUCUGAAACUAUCGAUAGUCGACACUAUCGAUAGUAUGCGAUAGUUGUUUAGAAACCAUCGAUAACUAUCGCUAGUUAUCGAUAGUCGUCUAAACUUA